AUGGGAUGUAGAAAUUCAAAAAUAUCUUCAUCAAAUACUGUUGUCUUAGGGGUUAUCCAGAUUAUGCUUGGCGUCUAUCAUGUUCUCAUGUGGUAUUUCCUAUUGCUGUUGUAUAUGGGACAAAUUAAAGGAGUAUUUGGGACUUAUGAACCUCUGACUUACAAAAUGGGAACUGGUUUGUGGGGACUUACUUUUAUCAUUUCAGGAACCUUCACAGUAAGAGCAGCAAAGCAUCAAAAUAAUAAAUAUUUGCUCCUCUGCGCCCUGUCCAUGAACAUACUCUGCAUACUAGUUACGAUCAUUGCAGCCAGCCUGACCGUCGUGGAAUUGGCUCAUUUUCGGUCUGUGUCAUAUAGGAAUUAUGGGCAAGCAAAGCUGGGGAGGGAAGUGUCCCGUAUUUUGUUGUUCUCCUACCCCCUGGAAUUCGGGAUCGCCCUCACGUACUCAGUCUGCAGCUGUUCAUAUUUGGGACGAGAACAAGAAGAUAGUUUAGAAAGUGUUACUGAAGUCAUGGAGAGCACAUUCUGAAUGCUGGCGACAUAAACAACGUUCCCGACUGCACACACCUGAUGUAUGUGCCCAGGAUAUUUCUAUAUAACAAGGCUGCUGCGCAAUGCAUGCAUUUUGUGCAAAAUGAAAUUCUCAACAGGUUAAACAUUACCCCUUGCUAUUUAAGGAAUGUCUACACACAUAUCUGCUAGGUUCCAGAGGGGAACACUUUUCCUAUGUAAACGAGAGACUAUCGCAAGGAAGCGUUUGCUAGCUAGCCACUCUGAAAAGCCGUCAGCUCUCCACAGCAGAUCUUCUGCGGUAGAUCAUAGAAACUGCCUGUAGCCUGUUGAGUGCAGGCUAGGAAAGUUGGAGCAUAGUCUGUAACUCAGAGGAAAACUUGAAUUUCUGUCCCUGCGAGUGAA